AUGGAAAACGCAGACACAUCGAGCGACGACACUGACGCUGCCUUCCCAGCUUCGUCUGGAGGAGGCGUGUUCCCGUCCCAGCCAGCACAUUACGAAAACCCUCUGCAGCGCAAGGCAGGAGAUUAUGACGAGAGGGACUUUCACAAGAAACAGGUGAGUGAUGGUGUAAAUGUGUUCUUGCAGGAUACUGAUGGCCCGCAGGUGUUCAGCGGAUGGACACUAGCUUGGCUGUCAUACCAAUCCCUCGGAGUUAUCUAUGGAGAUAUUGGGACCAGCCCGCUCUAUGUCUACUCGUCCACAUUCAGUAGUGAACCGAGUCGUGAAGAUGUCCUCGGGGCGGUUUCCUUGAUUAUCUGGUCUCUCACUAUUAUGGUCACGGUCAAAUAUGUUUGCAUUGUGUUGAACGCAGACGACGAGGGCGAGGGUGGUACAUUCGCCUUAUACUCCCUGAUCUCCCGCUACGCCAAUCUAGUUCGCCGCGAUCCUCGUCAUCAUAAUAUGGUUCGCAUGCAAAGAUAUGCUACGGAUGACUUACAAAAGCCGAACUUGGUGGCUCGCAAUGUUAUAGAGCGGAGUACGUUCAUCAAGUGGACGUUCAAGGUGGUCGGGGUCUUUGAUGUCUCACUGCUGCUGGCAGAUGGUGUUUUGACACCGGCUCAGUCAAUUCUCGGGGCCAUUCAAGGUAUUACCGUCGUCAAUCCCAACCUCUCUUCCUCGACAGUGGUUGGCGUUUCUUGUGCCAUCCUCGUCGUCAACCUUGCCAUGUACGAUGCACCUGUCCUGAAAGGCUUCUCGCCCUACUUUGCCGGAGCUUUCUUGGUGCGAAACGGGCGUGCUGGCUGGCUGCAGCUUGGUGGCAUCUUGCUUGCCUUUACGGGUGUUGAAACAUUGUUCGCGGAUCGCGGUGCUUUUAGCAAGCGGGCUGUGCAGAUUUCCUGGCUCUGUUUUGUAUACCCGUGCCUCAUGAUUUCGGCCUGUGCUCGAGUCCCUGUACCGAACCCUUGCAUGCGAUUGUAUGAUGCUAAUGGCCAUGACCAGUAUGUUGGACAAGGCGCUCAUAUCAGCCGUGUCCCCAGUGCAUACGCCAAUCCGUUCUUUCUCACUGUUCCGCCAGGCAUGCUGUACCCGAGUCUUGUGGUCGCCGUCCUUGCCUGCAUUGUCGCCAGUCAGGCUGUCAUCACCGGUUCAUUCCAGCUUCUGUCGCAAAUCAUGAAGCUUUCUUACUUCCCCCAAGUCAAAAUCUAUCACGUCUUAAAGAUAUUCCAUGGCCAGGUCUACAUCCCCAUCGCCAAUUGGCUCAUGAUGAUCGGCACGAUCGUCGUGACUGCUGUGUACAACAACACAACUGCCUUGGGAGAAGCGUACGGUGCUUGCGUCAUUCUCGUGUCCUUCCUCACUACCUGCAUGGUGACAGUAGUUGCGCUCAUCGUGUGGAGACUGCCCAUCUACCUUGUUCUGCCGGUCUUCAUCGUCUUCGCCCUGUGGGAUGGCAUGUUCCUCUCCGCCGCGUUGAGCAAAGUUCCGCACGGUGCUUGGUUCACCCUAAUACUUGCAGUCGCCUUGACCCUCAAUCUUCGUGCUGUGGCGGAAUCUGACAAUGUGCCACUGUCCCGGACGACGCUCUUGCGCGACAACCAGCUCAUUCUCCAUCCGGACCUAGGCGGCUCCACCAUCACCCCCAUCAGCGGGCUCGGUAUCUUCUUCGAUAAAUCUGGCAAUUCUGCCACCACCCCAGCGGUCUUCCUCCAUUUCAUCCAAAAGUUUGGCGCCUCGCCGGAGGUGUCCGCGUUCUUUCACUUACGGCCCUUGUCCGUUCCGACCGUCGCGCCUAGCGAGAGGUACACGGUCAUGCGCUGCCACACAUAUGGCACUAAGGGAGGAAAGCAACCUCUCCCGAACUGCUUCAGGCUUAUUGUUCGCCACGGCUACACGGACGAGGUCAUCACCCCGGACCUGGGAAUCAUGGUGCUGGAUCAGACCCGAGAAUUUCUGGCUCGAGAAACCGGGUCUGUCAAUUCGGCAGACGCGCACAAGGAGACUGRCCCUCUUCAUCGUGCGUGGAAGUCGCAGGUUAUCUAUAUAGUGGGCAAGGAGCAGCUUCGUAUUGCAAGGGAGACCAAUUUCUUUCGUCGGAUGGUACUGAUGGCAUUCCUCUGGAUGCGAGACGCGAGCAGGACCAAGAUCCAGCAUCUGAAUGUCCGGGCUGAUCGGGUGGUGGAGGUUGGAUUUGUCAAAGAGAUGUGA